GUUGUACACAGUGUUUGGGACAUUUGGCAUUGUCAAUACAACACAUCAAAUCUGACACGUAAUCUCAUUGAAUUGUAACAUCGAGUCAAUAGUCCGAAAAUUUUUGUUAUUUUUGUCGAAAAAUUGCAUUCGUUCGGUCUUCAAAAUGGUUUUGAUCGCAGCCGCUGUAUUUACCAAAGCAGGGAAAGUGAUAAUUUCCCGCCAAUUUAUCGAAAUGACGAAGGCUCGGAUUGAGGGGCUGUUGGCCGCUUUUCCAAAGCUUAUCACAUCCGGUAAACAACAUACAUUUGUCGAAUCAGACUCGGUGCGCUACGUGUAUCAGCCAAUGGAAAAGCUGUACAUGGUUUUGAUCACAACCAAAACCUCCAACAUUCUGGAGGAUUUGGAAACAUUGCGACUUUUUUCGAAAGUGAUUCCCGAAUACUGUCGCAAUUUAGAUGAAAAAGACAUCAGUGAGAAUGCAUUCAAUUUGAUUUUUGCAUUCGAUGAAAUCGUUGCACUUGGCUAUCGUGAGAGUGUCAAUUUGGGACAAAUUAAAACGUUUGUCGAAAUGGAUUCACAUGAAGAGAAAGUCUACUUGGCAGUCAGACAGACGCAAGAGCGUGAAGCCAAGCAAAAGAUGCGUGAGAAGGCCAAGGAAUUGCAACGUCAACGAUUGGAAGCUAGCAAACGAGGCGUGUCAUUGGGACGUGGCGGCAGUAGUUCAAGCUCAAGCUUCGGCGGUGGUAUUUCAAGUGGUGGCUUUGGUAGCAUUUCGAGUUCAUCGUCUUUGUCGCAACCAUCGGUUGGAAUCGGCGAAACUGCUCCGUCGCCAGUUAAAAAACCGGCUCCAACACGUAAUGCACUCAAAUUGGGUGGCAAAUCGAAGGAUGUUGAUAGUUUUGUUGACCAAUUGAAGAGCGAAGGAGAGAAUGUCACGAACUUGGCACCGACCUCACACAGUGCUGCUCCAGUUGCUCGUGCCAAAGCUAACGUACACACGGAAGAUGUUCAUUUGCGUGUCGAAGACAAGAUGAAUUUGCGCAUCGGUCGCGAAGGUGGUUUGCAAUUAUUCGAAUUGUUUGGUUUGUUAACGCUCAAAGUGGCCGACGAGAAAUACGGCAAAAUCAAGGUUCAACUGGAAAAUAAUGUGAACAAAAGCAUUCAAUUGCAAACCCAUCCAAAUGUCGACAAAGAAUUAUUCCGAUCCGCAAACCAAAUUGGUCUUAAGAAUUCAACCAAACCAUUCCCGAUCAACACAGAUGUUGGUGUUUUGAAAUGGCGCUAUCAAACACAAGAUGAAACGGCAAUUCCAUUGACAAUUAACUGCUGGCCAUCUCAAAAUCCAGAGGGAGGUUGUGAUGUCAAUAUUGAAUAUGAGUUGGAACAUCAACAGCUUCAACUACAAGAUUUGUCGUUGAGCAUUCCAUUGCCUACUGGAUGUCAACCGACUGUGGUCGACUGUGAAGGUGAUUAUCACUACGAUAAGGGAAAGAACCGUCUUCAAUGGAACAUUUCGAUUGUCGAUGCAUCAAAUCCGGCUGGUUCAAUGGAAUUCAGUUGCCCAUCAUCGAUUCCAGGCGAUUUCUUCCCAGUCGAAGUGACAUUUGUUUCAAAAGUACCAUAUGCAGAUCUAAAAGUGUUACAUGUUACUAAAGUCGAUGAUGAUUCAGCCGUUCCAUUCUCAGUUGAAACCAUAUUCUAUCCCGAGAAAUACGAAAUUGCCUGAAGUAAUUAGAAUCACAUUUAUCUAUGUUUAAUAUUCCAUUGCCGCAAAAUGUAUCAAUUGUAAUGGUGUUAUUUCAAUUUAUCUACAUUUUAACAUUUAUUCAAUAAAUUGCAUUUCUUUCGAAGAA